AUGGGGUUCAAUCAUUCCUCAAUUCUCUCACACGGGGUGGUGGAGGAGGCAGCGGUGGUGGUGGAGGUGGCAAUGGGAGCGGUGGUGGGGGCAGCGGUGGAGGUGGUGGAGGCAGUGGAGGUGGUGGCGGCGGUGGGACUGGUGGCGGCAGUGGGGGCUCUGGUGGCGGCAGUGGAGGCAGCGGAGGGAGUGGCGGCAGUGGAGGCGGUGGGACUGGUGGUGGCAGGUCUGGACCUCGGCGUGGAGGCCCUGGUGGUGGACAGCGACAGCAACAGCAGCGUCGGAGCGAGACCCAGUCGCCUAAGCAGCUCUGUGAGUGGUUGGUUCAGCGUGGGCCGGGUGGGGGUAGUGAGAGCUGCCCGUAAAGCGGCUGCUGCUCUUGAUGCUAGUGCGUCUGGUACUCCCCCUGGUACUGCGCCUGCUGAGGCCUUGCACACCUUCACGUUGGACUCCGGCGCCUCGCGCUGUUUCUUUCGUGACAGCACCACUCUCACUCCUCUCCCUGCACCUGUCCCGGUCAGACUGGCUGACCCCUCUGGGGGCCCGGUAGUUGCCCGUUCCUCCACAGUGCUCCCAUGUUCGGCGGUUCCGUCCGGCUCACUGUCAGGCCUUCACCUCCCCUCGUUCUCUACAAACUUGGUGAGUACAGCUGCCCUUCAGGAUGCGAUGGUCACUACCACCACUCCUGGGGGUCAGCGUGUGUCGAUCUGCACGUGCACACGGACGGGGCGUCACCUGGCUACGUUCACUCGUCGGCCAGGGUCGAGUCGGUACACGCUGGCUACCAAGCCUCCUCAGGUACACUGA